AAAUCUGUGGACGCGCAUUCAUCUGAAUGAAAGCCUGGCUCUGCAGUGGCCCCUUCUGAACUUAGUUGGGUCUUUCUCAGUUCAUCCUGGAUAGAGCCAGGAUGAUGAUGAUGAUGAUGAUGAUGAUGAUGAUGAUGAUGAUGAUGAUGAUGUCAAGCCUGGCUUUAUCUUUUAUCCUGGAUUGUGUAACGCUAUUUUUGUGUAACAGCCCUCAGGAGUUACCAUGUCUGCUGCUGCUGGCUGUGGAGGAGGAGGAAGAGAAGGAGGAGUUGAUGUUUCAUGCCUGCGUUCUGUAGAGGACGUUCAGCUAAAAAGCUGCAGACUAACAGAAACACGGAGGGUUAUUUCUUGAAAAGUUACUUCUUAAAGAACAUUACAGACGAUGGUUUUAUUUGUUCUAGAUGAAAUCGUGUUUUGAGUCGGUUUCCAUGUUUUUUUUUCCGGAAGCUGUAAUUUCUCUUUUGUCUUCUGAUCGGAUUUCGGGUUUCAUGCUCCCCGACAUCAAACACAAUGUGGUACAGAAGUGACUUUAAAGCCGGAUUUGAAGCUAAUAAAGCAGGCCCUAGUUGUGGCUCUGGAUGGUUUCCAGGACAUGAGUCAAGCUGGCACAGCAGUCUGCCUUGCUCUGGAGGCAGGAUCUGUGAUGGACGACGACAAAGCUCUGUGUCUGACAGCGGCGACACGGGAAUCGGCACCUACUGCUCUGACAGUUUGGAAGAUGACUCCUGUUCCAGUGCAACUCCUCUGUCUUCCCUUCUUCUGUCACAGCAUAACUUAAACCAGGAAGAGGAUGGCGUCCCUUCAGCUCUCGCCACGUCAUCUGCUUCGUCUUCACCAAGAAUCCUUUUAAAAAUGGCCUCUCCUUCCCACAGCCCCAGCUGUUGGAAUAUGUCUCGCAAUAUUAGUAAGCAUGCCACAUCUUCUUUAGAAGCUCCAAGCAGUUUGGACAUGAAAGUGCAUCAACCCAUCAGAAGGUCAUCCUCUUUUACCAAGCUGUCAUCAGGGGUUGAUAAGAGUUCCACAAAGACAUCCAGUUACUGUUACAGCCCAAGUGCUGAGGGUUCGCUGGACAGAGGUGUACUUCAUGGUUAUAGAAAGAAAAGAUGGGAUUCAAAUGUCAACCUUUACCUACCGUUGUCUUCUACCAUGAACUGCAGCAAUAUUCUGCUGAGAUCUCCUGGUGCAGAGCCCAGCUAUCGCUACAAACAGAGUAAUAGAUCUACUGGCUUGAAUACAAAUCUGGCCCCUUCCUCGUCUCAUUCUUCUCCAGUUAAAUACAGCUUAAGCUGCUCCAGUUUUUAUGAGUCGAAAGAUUCUGGGAAAGGUCAGCAAAUAUGUGGUCUUCAUUCAUCUAGCUGGGGUGACUGGCCGGUGGCUGAAAACCCUGACACAGGCAUACCCAUUCAGCCAGCUGUUCGAACCCAGAUGUGGCUGACUGAGCAGAUGGACUACCAGCCCAGACUGGAGAGUGGAAAUGAACCUGGUCAGGCCAGUUCACCAGGUACAGAAGACGAUGGUAUAAACAGCCUCACAUUGUCUCCUCAGGAAUCUGGAUUUAACCAGAUGCUCAUGGAAACUUCCAUUCCUUCUAACACUCUACUGAAGGUUAAGGAGAAACUGUUGAGGGAAAGAGAACUGGAGAUACAAAGCCAAAAGCAGCAAAUUAUGCAGCUGCAUGUGUGGAUCAGAGAGAAUGAGCACAGAGCCCAGCAGGUCCUGGGCAGCCAGAGAGGACAGUUUCAUACCUCCAUAAUUCCAAAUACUGAGGAGUCAGCAAUGACGACAGCCAGCAAGCUGCAAUCUGAUAGGCGAUGUUGUGAUGAAGAACUUAGUAAGAAGUUAGCAGCUGCUGAACUUGAAGUGCUCCAUCUGAACCUGUUUUUUAAGCAGGUCACUCUGAAAUAUACAGAGGAGAUCAGAAAACUGGAAGAGAAGAUAAAGACAAGAGAUCGUUACAUCACCAGUCUGAAGAAGAAAUACCAGAGAGAGAGUGAGCAGAACCAAGACAAACAACAACGCAUUGAGAUAUUAGAGAAAUACCUGUCUGAUCUGCCCACAUUAAAUGAAGUUCAACUCCAGUCCAAACAGCAGAAGAAGUUAGAGGAAAAAAACAGGCGUCUUGAGAUUACAGUGUUCCAGUUACAGAAGAGCAUAGAAGAGGGAUGUGCAUUGGUAAAGAAGAAAGAUGUCAUGAUUGAGAUGCAGGCCAAGACAGAGAAUGAGAUGAUGACAUCUGUACAAAGGUUGCGUAAAAAAGUGCAGCAGUGUCUGGAUGAUGGGGCAAGGCUGCCGGUGCAAGAUCUAAAAAACCUUUUGGGAGAAAAUUCUCAGCUCCUGCAGCAGCAAGACAACAGCAACAUGGUAUUAAGGAUUCAGAAGGAUGAAAUUGAGAGACUAACUUCACAACUAAUGGCCACUAGUGGAAGACUGCUAAAAAAAAGAGGUGCCGCUCACCCACCAGUGGGUUGUUCUCAGCAAAAGGAGGAGAACUUGGUCAGCAUGCUCAGAGCCUUCUCUCAGGUAUCACUCUCUGGAACAGGGGUCUCAAACUCCAGUCCUCAAAGGCUGCUGUCCUGCAGUUUUUAUGUGCCACAGGACAAAGACAAGUCAGAAGUGGAUGAACUAUUCAAAGAGAUGUCUUUGUGUCUUCUUGACCUGCAAGGUUUCUGCAGCAUCCUGGCCCAAAGAGCGCAGGGAAAAGAGCCCAACCUCUCUCUGCUUCUGGGAAUGAAAUCACUCAGCGUCUCAGCAGAGGAACAGGAGCACCAACUGGCUGGAGGAGAAGAGGAACCGAGCUGUAAGCUGCUCCAAGUCGGCCUACUGAAGAGAGGAAUAGAUGAUCUGAGGAGAACUGUAGCAGAAUACUGUCCUCAGUAUGUGGCUCCAAGUUGUGCCACGCAGUGAAUUCUUAAACAUUAGAUUCAUCGAAUCUCUAACGCUAUCUCUAACGCUAUGCUUGGAAAAUGAAUCCUACUAUCUGUCACAGCUCUGAAGGAUUUGGAUGUGUCUGAAGUUUUGUAACAACUGUUGCCUCUAAUCCACUUCAGACCAGAGGCAUGGCACUCAAUGCGAGCUGAGCAACACCAUCCAUUGCUCUACUCCUCUGACAUAUGGGAUCUGAUGCAGUUAAUAAAAUGUUGAGAAUGGUGACACUAACUUGGCUUGGAAAUUAGGAUAUUACUUACGGUUAUAUAAGAAUAAAAUUCAAAGUCCAAGCAGAACUUUCUACCUGUUCAUACUAUGGAUAGUCAUAUUACAUCCACUCAAAAUUUGCGAAGUGGUGUCCUUCCUGCUGCAGAACAUGGCUCACUAUGGAAGAUACGCUGCAGGUUAGUAACAGCAGUGGGUCGAUUUGGUCUCAGACUUGGUUCUGGUGCUGCUCACCACAAGGCCCACUUCACUAAACUGUUUUUAUAAAAUAAACCAUCAAACAUCCAAGUUUACAUUAAAAUAUGUACAGAAA